GCCCAAACGGCGGCUGCCACUCCUUCCAUCACCAAGUCCUCACCCGAAAACAAAAAAACGGUACGCAAGGGCAAUGUUAUCAUCACGGGAGCCUCCUCAGGGUUAGGUCUGGCCACCGCGAAAGCUCUGAGCGAGACGGGUAAAUGGCACGUGAUCAUGGCUUGCCGGAAUUUCCUCAAGGCAGAGAAAGCUGCCAGGUCAGCAGGUAUGCCUAGGGAGGGCUACACGGUAAUGCACCUCGACCUGGCGUCCCUCGAGAGCGUGCGCCAGUUUGUGGACACGUUCAGGCGAUCGGGAAGGCCUCUGGAUGUGCUCGUCUGCAAUGCGGCAGUUUACCUGCCGACUGCCAAGGAGCCAACUUUUACGGCUGAUGGCUUCGAGCUUAGUGUUGGGACCAAUCAUUUGGGGCACUUCCUUCUAGAACCAGAUCACCAGGAACUCCCACAGGCCACAGUGGUCGCCCAAUUUCGCGACUACCAUCCAGAAAAGUUUUCCGGCCAAGGAGAUCCUCGUAUAGUAGAUGAGUGGGUUCAGGGCCUCGAGAUGAUUUUUGAGGUCAUGAAUUGCCCUGAUCGUUACCGUAUGUUAUGUGCCCAGAUCCAGCUGACCGGUGAUGCCCGACUCUGGUGGAAUGCCUACUGGAGUAUGCGUCCCGACGAGAAAGAAGGUUGUACGUGGGACCAAUUCAAGGAGUUGAUCCGAGAGAAGUAUUAUCCCUCGUACUACCGAGCAGAUAUGGAGCGCCAGUUCUUGGCACUCACCCAGGGUACUCGUUCUGUUGACGAGUACGAGAGAGAGUUUACCCGUCUCGGAGCCUUU